AACGGGCGGGGGCAGCGGGUGUGAUAAAGGACGGCGGGAUCGAAACAUAAAAUGGAGUUGCGGCGCGCUGCGGCUCAGUUUCAAUCGACGCGACCCCGAAACCGCACCGCACCCACCGCCAUGGCACCUCAGAUUAAGAAGGGCGACGCCGAGGUGAUGCUGGACGCGUCCGAGCUGCUGCGGCCGGAGCCCACCUACACCACCAAGCCCGUGGCGCAGUACCGCGACUUCAGCGUGGACCCCACCGACCCCAUCAAGGAGCGCGUCCGCCUGCUGUACCUCGACAUGCACACCCACCAGACCUACGACUUCGUCAAGAGCCGACACGACAAGUGGCUCAAGUUCGACCACUUCAAGGGCACCAUCAUGGACGUGCUCAACAGGCUGUCCGAGUCCGGCCUCACGGACCAGAGCGACCCCGACGUGGACAUCCCCAACGUGUACCACGGCUUCCAGACCGCUGAGGGCAUCCGCAGGGAGCACCCCGACAAGGAGUGGUUCCAGCUCACCGGGCUCAUCCACGACAUCGGCAAGAUCAUGGCCCUGUACGACGAGCCGCAGUGGGCCGUGCUCGGGGACACCUUCGUCGUGGGCUGCGAGUGGGGGCCCUCCAUCGUGUACCGCGACACCAGCUUCCACAACAACCCGGACGGCAAGCACCCCAUCUACAGCACCAAGAACGGCAUCUACAAGCCCCACUGCGGCCUCGAGAACGUCAUCAUGUCCUGGGGCCACGACGAGUACCUGUACCAAGUGCUCAAGCACAACAAGGCCAAGCUGCCCGAGGAGGCGCUCUACAUGAUCAGGUUCCACUCCUUCUACCCCUGGCACGCCGGUGGCGACUACAUGCACCUCUGCAACGAGAAGGACAAGAAGAUGAUGGAAUGGGUGCUCGAAUUCAACAAGUACGACUUGUACACCAAGUCGGACGAGGACCUUCCCGACAUGAACCAGCUGACCUCCUACUACCAGGGCCUCGUCGACAAGUACAUCCCUGGCGAGCUCGAGUGGUGAACACGAGUGGCGAGACACUUUGCUUCUUUAUGGUCCGCGUGCCACUUGUACAAUUGUAAAUAUCAUCAUGUAUGUGAGUGUGUUAUGUGUGUACAGUAAUUAUUGGUUAAGACUUGGUUACCCUUCGUCAUGUCCCACUGUCAGGGACGAAAUCUGUAAAGCG